CAACCGUCAGUGUGUGACAAACCUGAAAACAGUUCGAGUGCGAGUGCCGGACGGUUCGGACGUGUGGGCCACGCACAAUUCAAAUCGAAAAACGCAGAGUUAACCAACAGAAGUAUCUUAGAGAAAUAUACAAAAGAAGAGAAACAGAGCCAGUCUGGACAAGUGAAAGAGAAAUUGAUAUACGAAAGCGCUUAAACGAGAGCCGUGCUAAAAUAUACAAAAAUGUGCGCUUAGUGAAACAGUGGCUAGGAAAAAUGUCAAUUCGCAGUGAACAAGAGUGAGAAAUCUACGAAAAAUAUAACGAAAACUACACCCUUUUGGAGUAUCUGCGAGAUACAGAUACCCUAAGUCCCCUCCCAAACACACACAAAACCCAAUCAUGGCGGCAAUACUGCUGCUCCUGCUCGGGUUAUCCUGGACUUCAUCUUUAACCUUUGGAGUUGAAGCCGCUUUGGCGCCCAAGGAGAGCGAAUCGAGUGCCAGUGCCAUGUUGGGCGCCGGAACAGGAGCCGCGGCAACGGUAUCGCUAUCCGGCGACUACUCCUCGCUGCUGUCCAAUGUGCCGGCUUCCUCGCCAGUUCCGGCCAAUGCCCCAUCACAGCACAGUGGACCGGCCAAUCAGUGUUCCUGGUCCUACAACGGCACCAGUUUGGUGCACUGCGCCCUGCGUCUGAUUGAACGACAGCCGGGCCUGGAUCUCCAGGGUGCCGAUGGCAGUAGCCAGCUGACCAUCCAGUGCAGCGAGCUCUACCUCUUCGAGUCCUCGCUGCCAGUGGCCGUGUUUGCCAGAUUGCAGACCCUAGAGGCACUGCGUCUGGACUCGUGCAAGCUCCUGCAGCUGCCCAACAAUGCCUUCGAGGGCUUGGCCACUCUGAAAUCGCUGCGUUUGAGCACCCAUAACAGUGAAUGGGGUCCAACACGAGCCCUGGAGCUCUUCCCCGACUCCCUGGGCGGCCUGAAGCAACUCACCGAUCUGGAUCUGGGCGACAACAAUCUGCGACAGCUGCCCGCUGGCUUCCUCUGUCCGGUGGGUAAUCUCCAGGUGCUCAAUCUCACCCGCAACCGCAUCCGAACUGCCGAGCAGUUGGGCUUUGCGGACAUGAACUGCGGAGCGGGUUCCGGAAGUGCUGGCAGUGAGCUCCAGGUCCUGGAUGCCAGUCACAAUGAGUUGAGAUCCGUGAGCGAAAGCUGGGGAAUUUCCCGGCUGCGCAGGUUGCAACACCUUAAUCUGGCCCAUAAUAAUCUCUCCGAGCUGUCUGGCGAAGCCCUAGCCGGUUUGGCUUCUCUGCGGAUAGUCAAUCUGAGUAAUAACCACCUGGAGACCCUGCCUGAAGGUCUUUUUGCUGGCUCCAAGGAACUGCGAGAGAUCCACCUGCAGCAAAAUGAGCUCUACGAGCUUCCCAAGGGACUGUUUCAUCGACUGGAGCAACUUUUGAUAGUGGAUUUGUCGGGUAACCAGCUGACCUCCAACCAUGUGGAUAACACCACCUUUGCUGGCCUGAUCCGUCUCAUAGUGCUGAAUCUGGCCCAUAAUGCUUUGACUCGCAUUGAUUAUCGCACCUUCAAGGAGCUGUACUUCCUCCAGAUCCUGAAUCUGCGCAACAACUCCAUUGGCCACAUCGAGGACAAUGCCUUCUUGCCGCUGUACAACCUGCAUACCCUCAAUCUCGCCGAGAAUCGUCUGCACACGUUGGAUGACAAACUUUUCAAUGGACUGUAUGUGCUGUCUAAGCUAACGCUGAACAAUAAUCUCAUUAGCGUUGUGGAGGCAGCUGUGUUCAAGAACUGCUCGGACUUGAAGGAACUGGAUCUGAGUUCCAACCAACUGAAUGAGGUACCGCGUGCUCUGCAGGACUUGGCCAUGCUGCGCACCCUCGACUUGGGCGAGAAUCAAAUCCGGACGUUCGACAACCAAAGUUUCAAGAAUCUUCACCAGCUGACUGGUCUGCGGUUGAUAGACAAUCAGAUUGGCAACAUAACUGUGGGCAUGUUCCAGGAUCUGCCACGUCUGAGUGUACUGAACUUGGCCAAGAACCGCAUUCAGAGCAUCGAGCGUGGCUCCUUCGACAAGAACUACGAGCUGGAGGCGAUUCGUCUGGACAGGAACUUCCUAUCGGAUAUAAAUGGAGUUUUCGCCACACUCGUUUCUCUGCUGUGGUUAAAUCUAUCCGAGAAUCACUUGGUGUGGUUUGAUUAUGCCUUCAUUCCAUCGAACUUGAAGUGGCUGGAUAUCCAUGGAAAUUAUAUCGAGGCUCUGGGCAACUACUACAAGCUGCAGGAGGAGAUCCGUGUAAAGACUCUGGAUGCCUCGCACAAUCGCAUAACGGAAAUUGGACCCAUGUCGAUUCCGAACACAAUAGAGCUGCUCUUCAUCAACAACAAUCUCAUUGGAAAUGUGCAGCCGAAUGCCUUUGUGGACAAGGCAAAUCUGGCCCGAGUGGAUCUCUAUGCCAAUCAGCUGAGUAAACUGCAGUUGCAACAAUUGCGAGUGGCUCCAGUGGUGGCUCCGAAACCAUUGCCGGAGUUCUACUUGGGUGGUAAUCCCUUCGAGUGCGACUGCACCAUGGACUGGCUGCAGAGGAUUAACAAUCUGACCACCAGGCAGCAUCCUCGUGUGAUGGAUAUGGCCAACAUUGAGUGCGUGAUGCCACAUGCCCGCGGUGCUGCAGUUCGUCCAUUGAGUGGUCUGCGUCCGCAGGACUUCCUCUGUAGCUACGACUCCCACUGCUUCGCUUUGUGUCAUUGCUGUGAUUUCGAUGCCUGUGACUGUGAGAUGACGUGCCCGAAUAACUGCACCUGCUACCAUGACCAGAUCUGGUCCACCAAUGUGGUCGACUGCGGUGGCAAGCAGACCACGGAGCUGCCACGUCGCGUUCCCAUGGAUUCGAGUGUGGUCUAUCUGGACGGAAAUAUUUUCCCAGUGCUGGCGAAUCAUGCAUUUAUCGGACGCAAGAAUUUGCGAGCUCUUUAUGUGAAUGGUAGUCAGGUGGCUUCCAUCCAGAAUCGCACCUUCGCCAGCCUGGCCUCGCUGCAGUUGCUCCAUUUGGCCGACAACAAGUUGCGCACUCUUCAUGGCUACGAAUUCGAGCAGCUUUCCUCCUUGAGGGAGCUGUAUCUGCAGAAUAACCAACUGACUACCAUUGAGAAUGCCACCCUGGCUCCCUUGGCUGCCCUGGAGCUCAUCCGCAUCGAUGGCAAUCGCUUGGUGACUCUGCCCAUUUGGCAGAUGCACGCCACCCACUUUGGCACGAGGUUGCGUUCCAUCAGUCUGGGCAGGAACCAAUGGAGCUGCAGGUGCCAGUUUCUGCAGGCCCUCACUGCCUAUGUGGCGGAUAAUGCCCUGAUUGUCCAGGAUGCCCAGGAUAUCUACUGCAUGGCAGCCAGCUCGGGGGCUGGUGGCUCCGCUCUGGAGGAUAGCACCUUGAAUGCUGGAGCCCUCGAGAAGAGGGAGCUGGACUUCAAUGCCACCGGAGCUGCCUGCACCGAUUACUACUCCGGUGGCUCUAUGCUGCAGCAUGGCAUCCCAGAAUCCUAUAUUCCCCUGGUGGCUGCUGCACUGGCUCUUGUCUUCCUGAUCGUGGUCAUUGCCAUGGUAUUUGCCUUCCGGGAAUCCCUGAGGAUCUGGCUGUUUGCUCAUUACGGCGUCCGGGUAUUUGGACCACGUUGCGAGGAGUCCGAGAAGCUGUACGACGCAGUGCUCCUCCACUCCGCCAAGGAUUCGGAGUUCGUGUGCCAGCACUUGGCGGCCCAGCUGGAAACUGGAAGACCUCCACUGAGGGUCUGUCUGCAGCAUAGGGAUCUGGCUCAUGAUGCCACCCACUAUCAACUACUUGAGGCCACGAGGGUCUCCCGUCGAGUGGUCAUCCUUCUAACCCGCAACUUCCUGCAGACGGAGUGGGCCCGCUGUGAACUUCGCCGCUCCGUUCAUGAUGCCCUACGUGGAAGACCUCAGAAGCUGGUGAUCAUCGAGGAGCCUGAGGUGGCUUUCGAGGCGGAGAGCGAUAUUGAACUGCUGCCCUAUCUGAAGACAUCAGCUGUUCACCGGAUUCGCCGCUCGGAUCGCCACUUCUGGGAGAAGCUGCGUUACGCCCUGCCCGUGGACUAUCCCACAUUCCGAGGCAACAACUACACCCUCGAGUUGGACCAUCACAACCACGAGCGGGUGAAGCAGCCGGCUAGUCCUGGACUGCUCUACCGCCAGGCUCCACCACCUGCCUACUGCGGUCCGGCGGACGGAAUUGGAGUUGGUCCUGUGCCACAGGUCGUAGCAGUUAAUGCCUCUGUUCCGGCAGAGCAGAAUUACUCUACGGCCACUACGGCUACGCCCAGUCCCAGGCCACAGCGGCGUGGAGAACAGCAGGGAUCAGGAUCCGGUGGGAACCAUCACCUGCACGCCCAGUACUACCAGCACCAUGGGAUGCGUCCACCCUCGGAGCACAUAUACUCCAGCAUCGACUCCGACUACUCGACCCUGGAUAACGAGCAGCACAUGCUGAUGAUGCCAGCCGGUGGUCUUGGCAUGGAGGCGGCACAGAGGGCCCAGACCUGGCGGCCCAAGCGGGAGCAGCUGCAUCAUCAGCAGGCUCAGGCCGGGACCCUGGGCUCCAAGGCGGCCCAAUCCGCCCAGCAACAACAACAACAACAACAGCAGCAGCAGCAACAGCUACAAAAUCCGACAGCCGUAGCCGGACAACAACAAGGACCUCAUGUCCAGGCGUAUCUGGUGUAAGGGGGGCAAGCCCAACCGCUUUCUGGGAGAGUGACAGUGAUUUCUUUAGGGACUGGUUCCUGUGCAUAAUUUUAAUUACUAAAAUAUAUGUGCGAGUUAAGCUAAGCGAAGGGAAGGGAAGCGUAAGGGGGAGGCAAACAAAAGAGAUGCGGAAGUAGAAACUAGCCAGCCAGGCAGCCAGGCAGCCAGCCAGAUUUUAACGUACAUUAUUUUGUUUAUCCAGUGUAAAGUCAUUUUAGAUGCACUAAACAAACCUAAAGAUACGAGAUACAAGAUACAGAUGCAGUUGAGAAGGGCCUGGGUCAUGUCAAGAGAGUGUGUGUAUAGCCAAGGGGAAAGUGAGGAGGGCAGAAGGCAGGGGGAUGUUACUUACAACACACAAUGCCAUUUCAAAGUUUCAAAACUUUACCACAGCAAACUUAGUUUUCUCCCUCACAUGAGCACGAACUUUCGGUCUUCAUCUGGCAUUUGCUUAGCCGAGAAUUGCCCGAGGGGGGAAUUUGUGAUAACUUUUUAAUAUGGUUUUAAUCAGUUGGACUCUGGAACCUCUACCAUAAAGUUGGAAUGGAGUUGGGUUAGUAAAGCCAGCUUAUGACUGCAUUUGCAUCCUCAGAGAGAGAGAGAGAGAGAGAGAGAGUCUUAGUGUGCCCCGAAAAUUGAUUGUUCAAUAAUUGACUUGGUAAUUGCCAUUAAUCCGGACUAGCUGCCCUGCAUCUCCAGUGUCUACUGCAUCUACUGCAUCCAUUUGUAAAUAGCUCUCAAUACCGUAUUUACUGCCCAAACAGAUAGAUAUAUAACACAGAUACAGAUACAGAGAUACACCUUUAUAUAGAUACAGAUACAAAUUUGUAACCGUAUGGGGAUAAUUCAAUAAUCACAUUCAAGUACACAUGUAAAUUGUAUGCCACAGCCGUAAAAUCGAUAAAUGCAUUUGUCAAGUAA